AGAGGAACGCCCCGGUCGACAUAGAAGGAAAAUUGUUUGCUGAAUUUCUGCACAGCCCUCCUUCCAAUUGCUGGAGAGAGAGGGGGAGUGAGAAAGAGAGAGAGUUUAAGGCAGGCUCUGCACUGGUGUUCUGGGCUAUUUCAACUUCAGGGCAACUUUAGAGAACUUCAGUUAUUUUUGGUUCUGGACGACAGCUGAGACCAGCUGAGCCCCCCGGAGAUGCUGAUGCCAAUGCGGAUGCAGAGGAUGAAGAUUCUGUUAAUGAAGUGGCAGUAGAAGACAUUCGUCCAAGGCCACAGGGAUCCUCUCCAGUUUACGAGUAUCCCACAGAAGAAGAAUAUUUAAAGCUUCAAGAAGAAAACAAAAAACAUUCUACAGACAAAUCAAAACAGAGUCAUUCACAGGAGACAAUGGAAGUAACCCUGAAAACAGAAGCGGAAGCUGGUGCUAGUGGUUUUAGUGUGAAAGGUGGAGGAGAUGAAGGAAUAUUUAUUAAAAAAGUACUUAAGGAAUCUCCUGCUUCAAAAAUAUUUAGUCUUAAAGAAGGUGAUCAGCUUCUAAGUGCUACAAUCUUUUUUGAUAACAUCAAAUAUGAAGAUGCACUCAAGAUUCUCCAGUAUUCCGAGCCGUACAGAGUCCAGUUCAGCCUCAAAAGAAAAAUUGCUGUGAAAGAAGAGCUGGAACAUUCUACAACUCAAUACAAGAAGGAAAGAAUAAGCCAGGAGAAAGAACUCAGUGAGAGCAUUCCUGAAGAAACGCUUCAUGUUUCAGGAAAAGCCAUUUCAGAAGAAGACAGGGAAACAUUAAUUGCAAGCCAAAGAGUAGGAAGAAGCAAGAGACCUAAAAAAGACAGAUUAUCAUGGCCAAAAUUCCAGUCAAUCAAAAAUAAAAAGAUAUUGAGGCACAGAAGAUCUCAUAGUACAUCAGAUGCAUAUGAACCUGCUGUACAGGAUAUUUCUCCUACAAGCACAGACACAGAGUCUCAAUUUCCACAAGAAGUCCAUACCAAAGAAAAAAAAGGAAGCCAAAGGAAGCUGAAGUUCCCUAGCAUUGGAUUCAGAAUGCACAGGUCCAAAACAGACCUACAAGAGAAACAAAAAAAAGAAAUAAAAACUACACUGAUCUCUGAAAGAGAAAAAAUACAUGAAGAAGAUAUUAGCCUGGAAAAUCCUGAAAUCCUGACUGUUGAAUAUACCACAUCUCCUGCUUACAAAAUGAAAAUAGGGGAGGUACAGGAAACUUUAACAAAAGACUUAAAAGAUAUGAAAAAUGGCAUCCCAUCUCAUGUAAAACAAUGCCCUGAAGUUGAAAUAAGCAUUAAAAAAGAAAAAGACAAGGAAUCAACAUCAAAAUUUAGUUUACCUGAGGUACCAGACAUAACAACAGAGAUACCAAAGCCCAGUUUAGAAACACCUGAUCUGAAAGCAAGUCCAACUGAAAAAACAUCACAAGCAUCAUCAAAAUCCCGAAAAAAGAAACAGAAAGGAACACCAGUUAAAAAAGAAGGAGAAAGUGAAAUUAACAUAGACUUGAUGAGUCACACAGCUAAAGGAUCUACACAGGUGAAAGGCCUAGAAAUAGGAACUGCAAAAGCAGAGUUAAACAUAUCUGACACACUGGAAGCAGGAGAAAUUCAAGUAGAAGAAGACACAAAGAUACUAACAAUUCAGAAAACAAAAUUUGGGAUUUCAGUGCCCAAGAGAAAAGAGACAGAGACUGAAACCACCAAACUGGGAGGUGAUGUUCCACAUUCAGAACCAGAAAAAACAAUGGAUGCAACUUCAGAGGAUGGCAGGAAUUUGGAUGUGAAAACACACAUACCUGAUGCAGAACCAGAAGUAUCUUCUUGGAAAAUACAAAUGCCAUCAUUCAAAAUGACGAAAACACCUAAAACUGACAUAAAAAUAGCAAGACAAGAAAGCACAGGUGAAUCAGAAGAUACUGUAAAAAAGGAAUGGAUAGAAGAUGGCAUUCCCACAAGUGACAAAACCUUAAAGUUUGAAAUGAAGACAGGUGAGAAAGAUAUAGAGGGAAAAGAAAGCAAAUUCCGACUCCCAAAGUUAAAAUUUCCUACAUUUACUUGGUCAAAUACCAAGGAGGAAACAGGGAAAACUGAAGGACAGAUAAGUGAAAUGGAAGGAAAAAUGCCAACACUAAAAGAAGGAGCGGAAGCAGAGAUAUGUGGAUCAGCGGAAGAAAUUAAGGUACCAAGUGUUGAAGUGAAAACUGAGAUAUCAAAAGGAAAAAUAAAAGAAAAUGACAUGAAAGAAAAGACAAAGGUCCAGCUGCCAAGUCCGAAAAAAAUAACUAUAAAACCUUGCAAGGUAGAAAAUGCCUUUCAAAAAACUACUGGAGAAAUAUUGAUGUCAACAACUGAUAUUGAAAUAAAAAAUGGUGAAGAACAAUCAAAAAUUGACAUGAAGGCUCCCAAGGUGGACAUCAGCGUGCCCUCCGUCGACGUCACCCUUCCCAAGGCCAGCGUUGACGUGCAGGCGCCCGAGGCGACCCUCAGCCUGGAAGGGGAAGCAAAAGCCCCAGAGAAGGAGGCCGCCAAGACCAAGGACGGCAAGUUCAAGAUGCCCAAGUUCGGCAUGCCUUCCUUUGGCUGGUCCAGCAGCAGAGAGGCCAAGGGCAGCGUGGCCGCCGAGGUGGACGUCAGCCUCAAGGAGCCCCAAGUGACGGUGCCCUCGGGAGCCGCCGAGGUGGACAUCAGCCUCAAGGAACCCCAUGUGACGCUGCCCUCGGGAGCCGCCGAAGUGGAGGUGAGCCUGCCCGGCGCCGAGAUCCAAGCGCCCGGCGUGGAGGUGACGCUGGAGGCGACCGCCACGGGAGAGGGCGAGAAGGGUCGAUUCAAGAUGCCCGACAUCAAGAUGCCCGACGUCAAGAUGCCCAGCGUCAAGCUGCCCAAGGUCAAAGCUCCCCACGCGCAGGUCAGCCUGCCAAAGGCCGAGGUCUCGCUGCCCAAAGGCCAGGAGGGCGAAGUCGCCCUGCAGGGCCCCGAGGCCGAAGGCGGCCUGGAGGUGGCAGCCGGCAAAGUUGAGGGCGGCGGCAUGAAAAUACACAUGCCCAAAGUCAAGGUGCCCAGCGUGGUCUUCUCCAAGCCCACCGUCAAGGCUCCCAAAGUGGAGGCAGACGUCAGCCUCCCGCAGGCAGAGCUCAAGGCCGGCGCCGCCGACGUCAGCAUCGCGGCCCCCGACAUCAAGUUGCCCUCCGUCGAAGGCUCCCUCGAGCUCCAGGCGCCCGAGAUAGACCUCAAAGCACCCUCCGCUGAAGUCUCGCUCGACGGGACCAAACUGGAAACCUCGGGCCUGAAAGGAAAGCUUAAGAUGCCCAAGUUCGACAAGCCCAAAUUUGGAGUGUCCUCCCCCAAAGCGGAAGGGCCCGAGGUCAGCCUGCCCAGCGCAGAGGUCGAGCUCCCCUCCGCCACCGUGACGGCCGCGGGGGAGGGCCCCGGCCUGAGCCUCAAAGGCGACGUCCCUGGCGCCAAAACCGAAGGGGCCGGCUGGAAGCUGGAGAAGCCCUCCCUGAAAAUGCCCAAAGCUGACAUCAAGGCUCCCAAGGUGGACAUCAGCGUGCCCUCCGUCGACGUCACCCUUCCCAAGGCCAGCGUUGACGUGCAGGCGCCCGAGGCGACCCUCAGCCUGGAAGGGGAAGCAAAAGCCCCAGAGAAGGAGGCCGCCAAGACCAAGGACGGCAAGUUCAAGAUGCCCAAGUUCGGCAUGCCUUCCUUUGGCUGGUCCAGCAGCAGAGAGGCCAAGGGCAGCGCGGCCGCCGAGGUGGACGUCAGCCUCAAGGAGCCCCAAGUGACGGUGCCCUCGGGAGCCGCCGAGGUGGACAUCAGCCUCAAGGAACCCCAUGUGACGCUGCCCUCGGGAGCCGCCGAAGUGGAGGUGAGCCUGCCCGGCGCCGAGAUCCAAGCGCCCGGCGUGGAGGUGACGCUGGAGGCGACCGCCACGGGAGAGGGCGAGAAGGGUCGAUUCAAGAUGCCCGACAUCAAGAUGCCCGACGUCAAGAUGCCCAGCGUCAAGCUGCCCAAGGUCAAAGCUCCCCACGCGCAGGUCAGCCUGCCAAAGGCCGAGGUCUCGCUGCCCAAAGGCCAGGAGGGCGAAGUCGCCCUGCAGGGCCCCGAGGCCGAAGGCGGCCUGGAGGUGGCAGCCGGCAAAGUUGAGGGCGGCGGCAUGAAAAUACACAUGCCCAAAGUCAAGGUGCCCAGCGUGGUCUUCUCCAAGCCCACCGUCAAGGCUCCCAAAGUGGAGGCAGACGUCAGCCUCCCGCAGGCAGAGCUCAAGGCCAGCGCCGCCGACGUCAGCAUCGCGGCCCCCGACAUCAAGUUGCCCUCCGUCGAAGGCUCCCUCGAGCUCCAGGCGCCCGAGAUAGACCUCAAAGCACCCUCCGCUGAAGUCUCGCUCGACGGGGCCAAACUGGAAGCCUCGGGCCUGAAAGGAAAGCUUAAGAUGCCCAAAUUCGACAAGCCCAAAUUUGGAGUGUCCUCCCCCAAAGCGGAAGGGCCCGAGGUCAGCCUGCCCAGCGCAGAGGUCGAGCUCCCCUCCGCCACCGUGACGGCCGCAGGGGAGGGCCCCGGCCUGAGCCUCAAAGGCGACGUCCCUGGCGCCAAAACCGAAGGGGCCGGCUGGAAGCUGGAGAAGCCCUCCCUGAAAAUGCCCAAAGCUGACAUCAAGGCUCCCAAGGUGGACAUCAGCGUGCCCUCCGUCGACGUCACCCUUCCCAAGGCCAGCGUUGACGUGCAGGUGCCCGAGGCGACCCUCAGCCUGGAAGGGGAAGCAAAAGCCCCAGAGAAGGAGGCCGCCAAGACCAAGGACGGCAAGUUCAAGAUGCCCAAGUUCGGCAUGCCUUCCUUUGGCUGGUCCAGCAGCAGAGAGGCCAAGGGCAGCGUGGAUGUUACGCUUACUAAAUUCCAAAUUAAUCUAACAGAAUCUGAAUCAAAAAUACCAUCUCUUGCAGAUGAAAACCUUUCAGAUUUUGAAAUUGUAAAUGAAGAUGGUUCUGUGGAGGAAGAAGGUCUGAAGUCCGAAGUUAAAACUAGAGCUGGUGAAAUGUCUUUGGCUGACACAGAUGUUACAGUUAAAAUUCCUAAGUUUCGAAAACCAAAAUUUGGAAUUCGAUCUAAGGGUAAAGCAUCAGAAAGUGACAUUGGUUUCAAAGUGGAAUCUGAAAUUUCCAGGGAAAGGAUAACAUCUGAUAUGACUGAUCCUGAUACUGGAAAACCAACUGACAUCUCUGAUGUCAAGUUAGGUGUAAAGUUGCACAAGCCUUCACUUGAAGUUGUUCUGGACGCACCAAUACUGGAUCCCAAUCUCUCACCAAUGGAAGUUACCAUGCCAAAAUCAGAAGGAGAAAUCCAUAGCACAGAUUUAGACUGCAAGGCAGACCAGGAAGUAAUUUCAGGAGAGAAGGAUGCUGAGGAGAAAGAAAAAUCUAAAUCAUCAAAAUUCAAACUGCCUUCAUUUCGUUGGUCUCCAAAGAAAGAAGCUAUUGUUCCAUCUCAGGUUGAGAAACAUCUGGAAGAACCGCCUUUGUCUACUUUAUCUGGAGACACAGACUCUGAAUUAACUUUUACUACUCCUGAGAAUCAGUACGUUCAUGUAGAACUUGACACAUCUAUAGAAAAAGAUGGUGAAAAGAUCAGAAACAAGAAGUCCCAAUUUACCAUGCCAAAGAUCUCAUUCCCUAAAAUUAAGGGUCAGAAAGUCCAAGUCUCUUUGCCUGUACUGGAAACUGAUAUUUGUGGUCCCAAACAAGAAAAAGAAGGUGUUUCAGUACAGAAAUCUGAGAAAGAGAUUAGUGGGGAAGGGGCUGGAAUGAGCAUAAAAAUGCCAAAAGUUACGGUCCCAACUUUGGAAUUUUCCAAACCAGAAGUCAAAGCUCCCGAAAUAGACAUGGAUAUUAGCAGGCCAACAGGUGAAGUCAUACUUAGUAUGUGUGAAGAAGAUGAUCUAAAAUUGAAAUCAGCUGCUGCUAACGCCAGCCUCUCCACCUCAGAUAUUAGGACGACAACUGAAGGUUCACUUAAGAUGAAGAGUCCUGAUGCAAGUGUUGAAAGAACAUCAAGUGAAAUUGCUGUGAGUGAUGUAGAAAUAAAAGCUGAAGGUCCUGAAGGGAAAACAAAAAUGUCUAAAUUCCAAAUGCCGAAGUUAGGAAUUACACUUUCUAAAGGGAAAGGGCCAGAAAAGGAGGUCAGCCAAUCCAAAUCAGAAGUCAAGGUUCCCCAGUUAAAAGCAACAGUAGAAAUAUCUGACAUUGUUGUCGAAGGACCAAACUUGGAGGUGGAAUGUGGCACAGGAACAGAGACUUACAGCCCUCAAGUCAAAAUGACCAAAACUGACAGUAAGGCAUCAGAGGCUGAUGUUCACCUCCCUUCAGCUGACAUUUCUAUUCCAAAACCAGACAGUGAUAUUCAAGAUUCAGAUGCAGCACUAAAAAUCAAAGGGGAAAUAAAGCCAGAUGGAGAUGGAGAAGAGAAAGAAGGACAUUUCAAAAUGCCAAAAUUCAAACUUCCAUCCUUCAGUUGGUCACCAAAGAAGGAAACAAGUGUUAAACCUGAUUCUGGAGCAAAUCUGGAAGACCAAAAGCUUGCUGUAAUGUCAAGCAGAAUAGAUACAGAAGUGAGAGGAACUGGAAUGGAUGAUGAAGGUAGUGGGACAGGCCUUGAUCUGGAAAUAUCUACAGGAAAAGUUGAACAAAAAAGUCCAAUUAAAAAGCCUCAAUUUGUCAUGCCUAAAAUUUCACUGUCCAAGAUCAAGGUUCCAAAAUCUCAAUCUCACUCGUCAAAAGUUGAAGUUGAUGCUACUCUUCUUAAAAUGGAAAGAGAGGGUGAUGAUUCAAUUCAGAUACCUGAUAUAGAAAGAAGUCAUUCUGAAAGGACUGAAGAAGGGGCACAAAUAAGCAUAAAAGUGGCUGAUCUUAAGUUCCACACUUUGGAGUUUUCUAAAAUAGAAACUGAAGCCUCUCAAAAUGAAAUGGGAAUCAGCUCAGCCAAGAUUGAUGCUGCUCUGACUCCCUCAGAGGGGAGUUUUCAACAGGUUGACCUAAAGUCAAGUUCUACCGAUGAAUGUAACAUUCAAAAAACAGAUAUUAAGUUCCCCAAAGGAGAAGCUUCAGUUGAACUGAAGAGCCCUGAUAUAGUAAUAGAAAGAUCAUCAGUUGUGGAUGGAAGAAAAGUGAAAUUAGAAGGUCCCGAAGGGAAGAUUAAAAUGCCCAAAUUCCAGAAACCAAAGUUUGGAAUCUCCCUAACAAAAGGGAAAUUCCCAGAGGCAGAGAUCAGCUCUCCAAAAAUAGAAGCUGAACAACCCCAGCUAAAAAUUGCUGACAUUGCUGUGGGAGUUCCAGCAUCAGAACUUAUAUCUGAUAUAUCAGAUCCUGGAGUAGUUGUUUGUAAAAUAAAAACACCCCAAGAUCUGACUGAUGGCAUUGAAGCUCAAAAAGUAGACAUAAGCCUCCAGUCAGUGUCUAAACCAAGGACAGAGGGAGCUAUUGAGAGUCUUGAGGACAAAGAAAUCAAAUUAAAAGAAGAACAUGAAAUAAAAGCUGAAGAAGUUCGGACUGAAGAACAUCAGGGAUGGUUUAAAAUGCCAAAAUUCAGAAUACCUGCAUUUGGCAGGACAUCCUUAAAGGAAAAAAAAUGUGAUGCUGAUAUUGAAAGUAUGGAAAAAGCCCAGGCAAGCAUUCCCUCUGCAAAAGUACAAACUGAAACAAGUAUUCCUGAAAAUACCUUCUCAUUACCACAUGCAGUUGCUGAAAUUACUAUUGGAAAAGAAGGGAUUAAAAAAAUUGAAGAUUCUGUGAGGAGUUCUGAUGUUAGCUUGUCGAAGAUGGAAGGAGAUAUUUCAUUGUCCACAGAAAGAACAGAUAGUAGAGUGAAUAUUCCAAAAACUGAAACUUAUGCAGACAUAGUUAAGCGUGGUGCUGAAGGACAAAAAAUGCAUACUUCAGAAUUCACAGUGUCUGCAGCAGAAUUGCCUAAAUCAUACCUAAGUGCUUCAGAAACUGACAAAGACAACAGUUUAACAAAUAGGUUUUCUACAGGUACUCUGACUUUUCAAGAGCAUAAAGUCAAACCACAGGAUAUGGAAGUUCCAAAGGUAGAAAGUUCCACUAAGUUAGAGACUUCAGGAGUAGGAUGCAAACCGUCAUCAGCUGAAAUUACUCUGGAUGCAACACAGGAGAAAACAGAUGUUAGACUUCCAAAGGAAGAGCUUGAUGUUCAGAAUAAAGAGGCAGCAAUUAAAAAAGGAAAGAUAAAGGGUGAGGUGAAAAUUAUAGGAAAAGACAGUGAAGAAAGUCAGUUAAAAAGGACUAUGUGUGAAUGGUCUACAACAAAGGGAUCAGAAGAUGGUACUUAUGUUACUGCUAAGCUGGAAGAUCUAAAAGUAGAAGUUCCAGGAGUGAAGACGAAUGUUAAAAUUACUAGAGUAGAUCCUGAAAUGAAAUUUCAAGUGAAAAGUGUUGAAAAGGAUGUGUCUGCAGGAAUGGAAGUGCAAGUAGAAGAUAGAGCAGAAAUAAGUAAAACUAAAGCAUACAAGUUUAAGAUUCCGAAGUUUGGAAUGUUUCAUUCAGAAAUCAAGGGUUUUGAAGGUGAUAGCAAUGUUACAAAGUCAGAAGCUGAUUCAAUAUCUAAAAGCGAAAUAGACACAGCAGAAAUGCAGUUACAAAAACCAGAAGGAUCUGUUGGCCUGAAAAGUCCAGCUCUGGAUUAUAUGGAAGCAUCUGACAGAAUAACAGGGGAAACAGUGGACCAAUCAGAAAGUGGCCCAGAAGUAAUUGUAAGAAUUCCCAGACUAAAAAUACCAAGAUUCACUUUUAAAACUCUCCCAAUUGAAGCUGAUGUUUUAGUGUCAAAAGUGGCAACAGAUCCAAAGGGAUCUAGUACUGAUAUUGAAAUAGUGCAACUGGAAGCAAGCUCUGCUAUCUCUGAUGAAACACCAGGGGCUUUAGAGGGGAGUAUUCAAAAAGCAAAAAGCAAAAUUCUGAUGCUGACUGAACCUGACAUUAAAACAGCACAAAUGACAACUACCAUAGAGUCCUCCCUUUCAAAUGCAGGGCAGGACAUUCAUUGGUCUUACAUAGAAGGCCAAGAAGUGAGUGAGAAGGUAGAACCUGAACAUGUUGCUAUUGAAAGGUGUGAGAUCUACACUACUGAAAUACUGAAAGAAUCAGAGAUUCUGUCAUCAAAAGUCAAAACUGCUACAUUGGGAUUCUCAUUGCUCAAGGCAAAGUUGCCUGAAUCCCACAGUGACUUAGAAGUGCUAGUCCAGCAGCCAUCUCCAACAGAAGGUGGAUCAGUGAAAAAAUCUACAUGUGCUGGGGAAAGCUUUGGAGUAGCAGCACAGAGAACUGGCAGUGCUGAGCCUAAACUAUCUGACAAACCACAUCAUGAGUCUGAAAAAUUUAGUGGAGAAAUAAGUUUGCCAAAGUUAAAAACAUAUGCUGCUGAAGCAAAGCCUUCUAGUAAACUUGAAGAGGGUCUUCCUGAUAAAUCACCAGAGCGAAUAACUUCAGGUCCUCUCUCUAAAGAUGAGGAUGUAGCUGAAGCCGUGGAAGGUGAAGAAAAAGACAAAACCAAUGAGAAAGAAAAGGCUGAUAGCAAAAGAUCUCCUGGAAGAUUCAAGUUUUGGCUUCCAGGGAUUGGCUUUUCAUCUUCUGGUGAUGAAGCAAGCACAGAUGUAAAAACAGAAGUAAAAAAAUCAGAUCCAGAAGAUAUGAAAUCUGCUGACGCAUCAGAUGAUUUCUCUAAGCAAACUGAAAAAACUGGAUGGUUUAGAUUUCCCAAGCUUGGUUUCACAUCUCCUUCCAAAAAGGCUAAGUCUGUUGAAAAAGAAGAGAUGGGUCAUAAAGAGGGAAGAAUCUCAGAUGAAGAUAGCCCAUCAGAUAAACCUGAUGUAUUUUUUGAUGCACAAGAAAGCUUAUCACCUAAAGAAACAACAAGGGAUGAAAAAGUUGAAAUUGAUGGAGCCUCAUCUAUUGUGACAUCUUUGGCAAGAACUGAACUAAUCUUGUUGGAGGAAGAAAAAGAUAGUAAAUCUAAUAUUGAUGGAGAUAUAACCAAAUGAAGGUUGUAUUUUCUCAGUACUCAAUGAAAACAAAAUCAUCAACAUGCACAGAAAAAAAUGGGUUUUUUUAAUUUUCUGGUAACUGAAAAUUAAAACCCAAAGCUGAUGUUAAUAAAAAGAGUUUAACAGAAUUUACCACAUGUAAAUUUUCAGGUACAUGGAUGUACUAUAUUGUGCACUAAUAAAAAUAAUGAUUUCUUCAAAUCUGCCCCAAAGGCAAGAAUUAUGACAAGUACAGAGGAGCCCAUAGUUUGAUCGAAGUCUGAAAAAAUAUACCUGAAUAAUGAAAGUAAACCAUGGAAAGGCUCAGUGAAAGCAAAAGGCUUUUUAAAUAGGCUUCUCAAAACACACAAUGUAAUUACAUUUGGAUAACAGUUUAUUUCCGGAAUGGGUUAUAAACUAGUACUAUAAGAACUAUAUUUAGCUCUUUAGAUUUUGGACCUUUCUGACCUACUUUUACUUUCUUAUUAAAAUGUUUUUCUUUAUUUCAGCUAAAGUAGUAUGUAUAUUCCACGAACAUUUUAAUAUAUAAAAUAAAAAUUAAAUACUAGUGUAGAGAGACUAAUGCUUUACCUCUUCCUCUCUUCUGAUUUUUUUAUUAUUGUGGUGGGUCAUAUUUAGCCUUAAAAAUACCAAAACAAAACCCAACAGAAUAAUUUCAAGACCAAAAACUUGUAACUAUUUCACAUUUUUAAGAUACCAGAAUAAAACAUGCUUACAAAGAAUAAUUAUAUGAAUGUGGAUAAAUAAAUUUUAAUGUAUAUAUUUAUGGGAUAGUUAAAUGCUUAGAAUGAUCUGCCACACUGGUGGAAUUGCUUCAAAGAUUUUCUGGGAAAGGAGGUGUAUAUAAUUAUUUGCUUCUUUGUUUAUAUCAAUGCUUCUCUCGAGGGCACAAUGGAAACCAGAGUGCAUAUGUGACAGCCUUCACAUGUACCAUUAAAACACUGUCUGUAUUAUUAAGUCACAAUAAACUCACCAUAUGGAUAA